AGUCUUGCACAGGUGUACCGGCCCCUCCCCUCCAGUCUUUCACAGGUGUCCCGGCUCCUCCCCUUCAGUCUUGCACAGGUGUACCAGCCCCUCCCCUUCAGUCUUGCACAGGUGUACCAGCCCCUUCCCUCCAGUCUUGCACAGGUAUACCGGCUCCUCCCCUUCAGUCUUGCACAGGUAUACCGACUCCUCCCCUUCAGUCUUUCACAGGUGUCCCGGCUCCUCCCCUUCAGUCUUUCACAGGUGUCCCAGCUCCUCCCCUUCAGUCUUGCACAGGUAUACCGGCUCCUCCCCUUCAGUCUUGUACAGGUGUACCGGCUCCUCCCCUUCAGUCUUGCACAGGUGUAUCGGCUCCUCCCCUUCAGUCUUGCACAGGUGUACCAGCUCCUCCCCUUCAGUCUGGCACAGGUGUACCGGCUCCUCCCCUUCAGUCUUCACAGGUGUACCCGCUCCUCCCCUUCAGUCUUGCACAGGUGUACCGGCUCCUCCCCUUCAGUCUGGCACAGGUGUACCGGCUCCUCCCCUUCAGUCUGGCACAGGUGUACCGGCUCCUCCCCUUCAGUC